AUGGCCUGGUAUAUCUGGGGUGUUGUAGCUUUAGCUAUGAGAGGAGUGGCGGACAGCUUCUUCUUCAACAACACAGAUUUCACCUCACAGACAGCCGAUAUAUCGACUGCCUGUGCGACGGCGCUUCAGGCUUCAUUGGAUUGUGAUCCCUUCUUAACCUAUGUUAUGACCAGCAACUAUUAUUCAUCUAUCGGAAAUACUACAAUCCAAGAUGAAUUCUGCCGCACGGAUUGUUCUAGUGAUUUGGCGAGCUACCGUGAGGACGUCGCGACAAGUUGUGCCAAUGAUCCGCAGCCAUUUUCUGGAUAUCCCGCAACAUAUUGGGCGGAUUGGGCUAUUUCUGCCUUUGACCAUGUCUGUAUGAAGGACGCAGAUACGGGAGAAUAUUGUGUUGAUGUCAUUGGGGAGUACUUUCAAAACCAAACUGUUGAGUCGGACGGAACGGACCUCUCAACGGAUCAAUUGUGCUCCAGCUGUGUGGUCUCUCUCUUUACCUUAAUGCAGGGUACCCCUUAUUCAAACUACGACCCUACUUUGGCCAGCGUAUGGAGCAACAUCCAGAGUCAAUGCUCCUUGAGUCAGUCAACCACAGUGCCUACGCUGGACACCAACCUGACGAAGCCUGGAGGAUUUGCACUACCCGGAUAUUCCACAUCCUCAGCGCUGUGUCUCUCUGGGAUCACAUAUACUGUGGUUGGUGGCGACAACUGUGAAGCUAUCGCUGAGAAUUAUGGCGUAUCGAAAGGCACGCUUAUCGCGAUCAAUGAUCUCUAUGCUGACUGCACCAACUUGGGGAUUGGCCAGGUCCUUUGUAUCCCGCCUAGCUGCACCACAUAUAUUGUAGAGGGUGGCGACACCUGCAAUACGAUUGCGAAUAGCACCAGCACCAGCUUCCAGCAGCUUGUAGCAUGGAAUCCCUCCCUGGGCUCAUACUGUACCAAUUUGAUCUCGGGAGAGAAUAUAUGUGUCAGUCCUCCAGGUGGUGUUCAGAACCUAACCACCAUUGCGGGUGCCACCGCUACCCAGACGGGCAUUUAUGCAACAACCAUUGCUUCUCGACCGAGUCCCGUUGCUACCGGAACGACAAUCGACUGUGGAAAGUACUAUCAGGUUCAGUCAGGAGAUAAUUGCCAACUUAUCUCGCUCAAUCAGACCAUCUCCCUUGACCUUUUAGAAGAGAUAAAUCCUGAUAUCGACUCAGUCUGUUCAAAUCUCGAGCUCGGUGUCUACUACUGCAUUCUGCCUACAGAGGACUGGAAUGCAACCGCGACCUCUAUAAUUGUCACGGCCCCGACCACGACCCCGGACGGAACGACCUCUGAUUGCUAUCAUGGGGAUUACUGCUCGCUUAUCGAAAGCGAAUUUGACAUUACCAUGGCUCAGCUCCAGCUCUGGAAUCCAGAUCUGCUAUCGGAUUGCUCUAACCUCGCGCUUGGUGAAGCUUACUGCGUCAAUGGUGCUGACCAGGCUUCCACUUCUACUCCUGCGACAGUAUCUGCGACUGCUACGGCUGUGGCAAAAAGGGAUGUCUCAUCCCCGGCUACUGCGGCGUCUCAAACGACUGCGAUUUUCCAGGCUGGUGGUGUGCCAUAUGGGUGGCCUGGGUUAAAUGCGCCAAAUCUGGCAAGAGCGUAUGCAGCGGCGACGCAGAAUGUAGCCUAG